AUGGAGUUUCUGAGCGACUUCUCUGGCGGAGCCGAUGUGGAUAUAGGGCUUGAAAGUGCAAGGAGGCCAACUGGGCCAAUGUCGCCUGAAACCGAGGCCGGCAGCCGUGCAUCGCGAGGUUGCCAGAACAGGCUGGUUCAGCUCAUCGAGGAGUGUGGUCUCAGCAACAUGCCGGAGUGGUACUACGCUUCGGUGGACAGGAUCACCGAGGUGCAUCCCCUGCUCACUUGCGCAGCUCGUGUGGAGCCGCACGGUGCUGCCCCGGGGCUUUUGGGAACCAAACGGAGGUCCUACGUGGUUCCCAAGAGAGUUGCAGCACCCCGAGACCGAGACAGAGAUACCGAGGAGAAGCAGCGCGCCGCCUCCCAACGAGCCUCAGGUCCAAGCGCCAGACGACAAGCAAGCCGUGACAGCACUGACUUCGUUUCCGAGAGCUCCAGGCGCGAGAGGACCGAAUUCGCUUCAGGAGUCGCUCCGAAGUUGCCUCCACAAGCGAGGGCUCGGAAGAGUCCGGAUCCUGAGCCGAAAAGGCGUGCAAGUGCGUAG